AUGAGUUCAAAGUCUAGCCUUCCAUUAGUUCUUUUCGUGUUUCUCAACCUUCUCUUUUUGGGACUCGUAGCAAGCACCUCUGACUGCAUGAGUCCUCCAAAACAUUCAACACAUAAACACAAGCAUCAUGCUCAUAAGUCCAAGUCCCCUACCUCCCCUUCAAUGCCCGGUUCUAAUCCCCCUUCUGCAUCUCCAGCCACUCCACAACGAGCUCCAGGAUCCCUGGGGCCUCGCGUGAGUCCUCCUGUUACAUUCCCAAAUUUCAAAAAAUCAGGCACAUGUCCGAGAAAUGCAAUUAGGUUUGGGGCAUGCGCCAAUGUGCUUGGUGGCCUACUAGGAGUAGAAGUUGGAAACGCUCGGAAAAAGCCGUGUUGCAGACUAUUUGGAGGACUUGUGGAAGCAGAAUCAGCUGUUUGUCUAUGCACAGCUAUUAAAGCCAAUGUUCUGGGAUUUAAUCUCAACAUUCCUGUGUCAUUCGGCUUGGUUCUUAACGUUUGUGAUGUUCAAACUCCACCAGGCUUCCAGUGUGCAUAA